CCAACUUGACAGUCCUUCUUCUUCUUCAUCUUCUCCUCUUCCCAUACUAAUAAUAAAGACUCCACCUUUUUCUCUCCACACCCGUCUCUGUCUUCUUCAUCUUAUUCUGCAAAGAAUUUCUCAUCUGCCCAUUUCGAUAUUGCUUGCUUCACAAUUGGGACUUAGAUACGACUCAUGAUUGACUUCAUGCUUGAAUUUUUAUCUGAAUUAUGUUUCCCCCCUUUGGUAUAUAUAGAACUUAAUUGAUUGAAAUAUUGGAUCUUGAGAGUUACUGUCUCUGUUUUAAACGAUGGGUUCAAUGCAAAAUACUGUCUUUUACUGCUGUGUAUUGAAGGGAGAUCAAAUUGUGUAUACUUACAACAGUAAUGGAGAUCCUGAAAUUGAAAAGCUAGCUUCAUUGUGCUUAGAAAGGAUUCCUUCCUUUCAUAAAUGGUAUUUUCAGACUAUGAACCAUAAGACUUUCGGGUUUCUAAUGGAAGAGAAUUACGUUUACUUUACAAUUGCAGACCAGGGUCUUGGUAAUUCCGGUGUUCACAGCUUCUUAAAACAUGUUAUGGAGGAAUUCAGAAAGGCUUCCAAGAAGGGUACUUUGAGAAGAACAAUGUCUAAUGUUAAUUCUCACGCCUUACAAGAACAGUUACUUCCAGUAGUCCAUAGAUUGAUCGCCUCGUUGGAGAAGGUUUCCCAGAAUAGAACUGAAUGGCCAACCGAGGCUCUGUCAAGUGACAAUAAUGCAAAUGGAAGACAAAACGAGACAGCUGUUUCUACGAAAAUGCCUUUGUUGGGUAGGCCAGGGAAACAUGAGAAAAGGAAGAUGAAGGAUCAUCAUCAUCAUAUGAUUGGUAUAAGAGACAUUGAAUUAGAGGAUAGAGGAAUCGCAAUAGAGAACAGUUCUGGAUCGACAGACAGUAGUAGUGGCCAGAGUGGACCGUUACAGAAGGAGUCGAGUUUGAGGAGGAGCUUGUCGGGUGGUAGCCAAAAUGCUAGGAGGAAAUGGUGCAGGCAAGUGAGGAUUAUUCUUGCAAUUGAUGCUGGUUUAUGUUUGAUAAUGUUGGUUGUCUGGUUGGUGGUUUGUCGUGGUAUUCAAUGUCUCAGAUGAAAUUUUCUAUAAACACGAGCUCCUAUAAAACCUGUUUGCAAAAUCUAAUCCAAUUAUGAGUAACCUUGUACAGCUCCCUUAUACUUGUAAUUUCGUGAAAUGCAUUUUGUGUUUGAAAAUGUAAACUUUUCAUUUGAUCGUGGUAAUUUGUUUCUGUUUCCAUUAUUCUCUAGAUAAACUGAUCAGUUCAUUUUCUGCAAGAUGAUGAUAAUAAUAUUAAUGUGUUAUUUGUUGCUUU